CAUUACAUUUUUGCCUCUCAGGAACAUGAUACUCAUUUUUUUUUAACAUUGACCUGUUGACCACAUUGAGGGACACUGCCCGCACCACCUUGUGGUGUUAUUACAACAUUACACCAAUUUCAGUAAGAAACAAAAUGGCGGGGAUAUCGACGAAAGACUUUUACAGCAGCUCCAGAAACAAACAGCAGAAAGGAAAGCUGUCAUUGUCAAGGGCAGAAGAAUUGCUCAUGGCAAUUGUAGAGAAUUCUGACGUUGAGGAACUGUCAGAUGAUGAAGAUGAAGUCGAUAUGCAUGCAGCUAAGCUAAUGGAAGAACAGCAGUCUGACUCUGACUCUGAUGAUCCAGCACCUGGAGAUGAUUCAGAUGAAGAAUACAUACCUGAUGCACCUAAUGCAGCCGAAGACUCUGAGAAUGAACAUGGCCGUAAACAUAUUGAGAAUGAUGAGCUGGUUUUGGAAGAGCACGGACAUGGGCAGCCCAGGCCAAAAUCUAGGAUUGCUGGACGUGUACAGCGCUGGAGAUAUACUCCAUUUAAACCAAACUUAGUCCACUUCGAAGCUGAAGAUGACACUGUACUGAAAGAUGUUCGGGCAAGUUGGCAGGCACUGAAUUAUGUGGAGCAGUACAUCGACUCAGAGUUGAUGAAACUAAUCGCUGACUGCACAAAUGCCAUGUCACUCGUUAACACUGGGAGAUUUCUCAACACAUCAGUGGAUGAGAUGUAUCACUUCUUUGGAGCAGCAAUCUUGAUGUCUUGCGUGCCUUAUCCACAGAUGAGAAUGUUUUGGUCCAAUGCUCUACGAAUCCCUGCCAUUACUGAAAAAAAAUCACACAAGAUCGAUUCUUCAAACUACGGAGCCAUCUGAAAGUGGUCAUUGACAAUGACGUUCCAGAAGAACAGAAGAGAAUCGACAGAUUCUGGAAGGUGAGGCCAUACAUGGAUCGCAUACUUGCCGGCUGCCGCCUGCAGAUCCAUCCAGAGUGCGUCUCCAUAGACGAGCAGAUGAUACCAUUCACAGGCGCUUGCCCAUUCCGGAUGUAUUUGCCACUAAAGCCAAAUCCAGUUGGGAUGAAGAACUUCGUGAUGGCAUCGGUGGAUGGUCUCGUGCUAGACUUUGAGGUGUACCAAGGCUCACAGGCACUGGCAUUGCAGGUUCCGGACUCUGAUGGAUUGGGUCUAGGAUCGCUCGUCAUCAAACGUCUGUCUGAAACCCUGACUGCCGGCACGAAAGUGUACUGUGAUCGCUUCUUCACCUCCACUGCAGCGGUGGAUACUAUGCUGAAGGAUCACAUCUAUCUUACUGGCACUGUGAUGAAGAACCGUGUCUCACAAGCAGUGAGUAAGCUACCAGAUGACAAAACCUUGAAAAUCCAAGGAAGAGGUACCUCUGCUGCAGUAACCAGGGAAGAUGGGAAAGUGUGUGUGGUGAAGUGGUACGACAAUAAGCCAGUGAUGAUGCUCUCCACUGUCCAUGCAGAGCAGCCAGAAGACCAAUGCCGGCGGUGGUCCAAGAAGGACAAAAUAUAUGUCACUGUCACAAGGCCGAGUGUUGUGCGCGAAUACAAUACAAAUAUGGGAGGUGUUGACAUGUCAGACAGAAUGAUCAGCUACUACAGAAUGGGUGUCCGAACAAAGAAGUGGACUGUUCGCAUGCACUUCACCGACCUGGCACUGGCCAACAGCUGGAUCCUGUACCGCAAGGAUCGCCAAGAAAGUGGAACACCAAGGAAAGCGAUCAUGCAGUUUCUGGAGUUUCGCAUGGUAGUGGCUCAGGUAUUCCUCAGCAAGUGUGACGUGGAAAAUGAAAAUCUCCUUCCACCACCUGAGAAAAAUUCUCGUGUUGCUCCAAUCCCCCAUGUCUCAGUGCGAUCCACUGCUGCCCAUCUUCCAGACAUGGUUCCUCUGAAAAACCCAAUGCGGUGCAGAAUGAAAGGCUGCACUGGGAAAUCCCGUGUGCAAUGCGUGACAUGCAAUGUUUCCUCUGUUUGA